AAUUUCUCGAGUGAGCAGGAGAGAGAGGGAGAGAAAGAGAGAGAAAGAGAGAGAGAGAGACAGAGAGAAAGAGAGAGAGAAAGCUUCGACCUGUUCCUCACAGAUCAGAGCUGGUGUGUGUACAUCUUUCCUCUGGUAGACCUCUCUCCUGUUCACUAUGGCUCCUACACUGUCCACUGCUUUUGCCCGCCGCUGGUGGAUGGCGGUGACUGCCAUCAUUGAGAACCUGCUGUUCUCUGCAGUACUGCUAGGCUGGGGUUCCCUUCUCAUCAUGCUCAAAUCUGAAGGCUUCUACUCCUAUCUCUGCACAGAACAUGCAAACAGUUCCACUUUCAACAUAUCUACAAAAGUGGUGCCUCCACCAGCAGAGGUUGAGGAAGACUACCAGUAUGAGGACACCUCACAUAGCAAUGGGGUAGAGAUAGUUCCUCUGAAACCAGUGGAUGAGCCUCUGCAUUUAAAUGGCUGGCUGAUCUGUAAAGAGCAGGACGAGAUGCUAAACCUUGCCUUCACCGUUGGGUCUUUCCUCCUCAGUGCCAUUGCUCUACCACUCGGCAUCGUCAUGGACAAAUACGGGCCACGCAAACUCCGUCUGACUGGCAGUGCCUGCUUUGGAUUAUCCUGUCUGCUUAUUGCCUAUGGAGCCAGCAACCCCAACGAACUUUCUGUGCUUAUCUUUAUCGCCCUGAUUUUUAAUGGUUUUGGAGGAAUGUGCAUGACCUUCACUUCCCUUACACUCCCAAACAUGUUUGGAGACCUGCGUGCCACCUUCAUUUCACUUAUGAUCGGCUCUUAUGCAUCCUCAGCUGUUACCUUCCCUGGAGUUAAGGUGAUCUAUGACCUGGACGUGAACUUUAUCACUAUACUGGUAGUGUGGGCAGUGUGUGCUGGUCUCGUCUUCCUUAACUGUUUCCUCAACUGGCCUCUCGAAGCCUUCCCUGGCCCUGAAGACAUGGACUACACUGUGAAGAUCAAGUUUAGCUGGUUGGGUUUUGACCACAAGAUCACCGGAAAGGAGUUUUAUAAGCAAGUGACAACAGUGGGCAAACGAUUAAGCACAAAUAACUCUCCAACACAGAAGGAGCUGGCCAGCAGUGAAGGUCACAAACUCUGCCUCUCCACCAUGGACCUGGAGGUGCAGUGUGAGCCUAAAGACGAACCUCAGACGUUCACGAAGAGCAUCUUAAGCCCCCUGUUUCUUCUCAGCCUGGUUACAAUGUGUGUCACUCAGCUGCGCCUGAUUUUCUACAUGGGAGCCAUGAACAGCAUAUUGGAAUCCAUGAGCCAUGGAGACCUUGAUACAGUGAGUCUGUACAGCUCUAUUUUUGGUGUGAUGCAGCUGCUUUGCCUCUUGACCACUCCAGUCAUUGGUCAGAUCAUGGAUUGGAAACUAAAGGACUGUGAUGAGGAGACUAACAUGAAAAUUGUCAGCAAGGAUCAACCACAGCCCAAGCGAAGAGACAAAAAAAUCCAAAAGAUUACCAAUGCUAUAAGAGCCUUUGCCUUAACCAACCUCAUUCUCCUGGGUUUCGGCAUCACCUGUCUUAUCCCUAACCUCCAACUGCAGUUGCUGUCAUUUGUUCUGCAUACAAUUGUUCGAGGUUUUAUUCACUCAGCUAUUGGAGGACUUUAUGCCGCUGUCUACCCAUCGUCUCAGUUUGGAACCCUGACUGGCAUGCAGUCUCUGAUUAGUGCCAUUUUUGCCCUACUCCAGCAACCUCUUUUUAUGGCCAUGAUGGGCCCACUGGAGGGAAAUCCACUCUUGGUGGAUGUGGGUCUCCUUGUUCUCAGCAUGCUUGGUUUCCUGUUGCCCCUGUACCUGUUGUGUUUUCGCAAAAGCCUCCACCAAAUAAGGAAAGAGAAAGAAAACGAUGCCAAGAUCUACAUCAAAAUCAAUGGCAGUGACAAGACGGAGGCCUUCGUCUAAACCCCGGGCCAGAGACAGAUACUGAAGCAAGGAUGUACAGAAAAAAGGAAGAAUGAAUGUAAUUUUUAUGACGUACGCAUACACUCGUGCGCACUUCUCUUGCAUAUAGCUUCAGUGAACUGAAACUGCUGUCUUGGAAACUGAUGUAUCAUCAAUAUGAACUCAUGCUGAUGACGUAAAAAAGGGGAAUUCGAGAAAAACUUUAUAUUUUUCUAUCUUCUCUAGAUUUAUAUCUCUUCUUACUGUGUCUGGUGUGUGGAGAAAAGAAUACAUUUGCACAUUCAUUCAUGUUCUGCUGCCUAACUCUUGGUGCCUUACCGAUGUGCUGUGCAGGAAAACAGCAAUGAGAAUUUGGUAAUGAGUUUUUUUUUAUUUGUGAGUUUAUAAGGAUGCAUUAAACAAGCUGGUCCAUAUGAGUUGGUUGAAUUAAUUAAGAAUUGUAGUGCCUAAUUUCCUGUCUUCCUUCAAGAUCCUUCUUCAUUAAAAAGCAAACAAAAAAAAAAUUCAAGAAGUACAUAAAUGGCCCCUUUUGGUCUACUGUCUAUGGACAGGCUUUCGAAUCGUGCCCUGUGUCUCCCCCUAGUGGUAAAGGUUGGAAAUGCUGUACUCUUUUGAUGCUCAACACAAACCUACAGUACAGUACACAAACCUAUAUUAUUUAUUUACACUUAAUCAAAUCCAUAAUGACAUAUUGGAUUACAUAAAAAUCUAAUCCACAUAAGUAUAAACCAUGCACAUAGCUGCUCAUGUAUCAUUUGGUUGUAGAUACUUAAAACCCUAUUCUAAUGCAUUAAGUUAGUUGCAUAUACUCUAUAUUACUAUACAUUCACACAUACUUUGGUCCACUUUUUUAUUGGGAAUCACAGCACUUCUAGCAUUUGGGAGAUGUUUAUGUGCAUUGUUGAAAUGCUCUAAACUGUCUAUUUAUUUAAACUAUUUCCUAAUUCUAAGCUUUAUAUCCAAGCAUGCUUUACUAUUCUUUUUUUCAUGCUUCACCCUUUCCUCUUUUUAUUUAUAUAUAUUCUUUUGUUUGAGGUAAUGAGGAAUAAUAUUGAGGAUUACCAUCAAAUAAAAUUGGACCUUUCCUUA